AUGUCAUCUAUUAUCAAAGCAGCAGAGGAAACAACAACAGAAUCUGACGGAACAACUGAGCCCCCAUCAAAGGGUAAAUCUUUUUUCCUAUUCGGUGGCUUUUUCCAAAAAAUUCGGCAACGCUGGUCAGGCCAACCAGAUCCGAGUGCGCCAAUAUAUGCGGGACCUGUUUAUCCUUUUCUUGGUAGUCAAAACUGUCCUGCUUAUGGUGGCUGCAAUCCCGCGUGGAGCUAUCGUCCAGUUCCUUAUGAAGUACAUAAUAUAUACUAUACAAAUGCUCAAGUUCCGCCACUAGUAUCACCGUACCCUUCGACACCGGUUCAACCACAGCAGCAACAGCAACAAAAUCAACAAAGUAAUUUAGUCAUCCUACAUACUGCGGCAGGCUCUCAAAUUAGCGCCUAUCCACAACCGAAGCCAUAUCCUGCAUAUCCGCAGUUUGUGCCUCAACAGUCGCAUGUUCCAUCAACAAUACCAACGGGUGGUCAGCCACAUCAUUCUGCAUAUGUUCCAAAUAAUUAUGGCGAUUAUCCACCUGUGAUUUAUGGUACCCAACCUCCUCCAUCUUAUGGUCCAAUAACACCAAAUUAUUUGCCUAAUAAUGGCGGCGUUGCUUAUCAUAGGCCUGAUACAGCAAUCUCUGUGGCUACCUCGGGCGGUUCAGCGCCAUGUAACCCACGCCUAUAUGCCUGCAAUAUUGGAUAG